AUGAAGACCUUCUGGAAAAUUUCAGUUUUCUUCUUUGUAUGCAGUUUCCUGGAACCCUGUGCAUCUGCGACUACUGUCAAGCGUCGCCCAAGGUUUCCUAUCAAUUCAGUUCCUAAUGGUGAAAAUGAGCUCUGUCCAAAAGUCAGAAUUGGCCAAGAUGAUUUACCAGGGUUUGACUUGAUUUCUCAGUUCCAGGUAGAUAAAGCAGCAUCUAGAAGAGCUAUACAAAGGAUAGUGGGAUCAACUGCAUUACAAGUGGCUUACAAAUUGGGAAAUAAUGUAGACUUCAGGAUUCCAACCAGGCAUUUAUAUCCCGGUGGACUGCCUGAAGAAUACUCCUUUUUAACUACUUUUCGGAUGACUGGAAGCACACUUGAAAAGCACUGGAGCAUUUGGCAGAUUCAGGACUCCUCAGGGAAGGAGCAAGUUGGCGUGAAGAUUAAUGGCCAAACAAAAUCUGUUGCAUUUUCAUACAAGGGGCUGGAUGGAAGUCUCCAGUCUGCAGCCUUUUCAAACUUGCCCUCCUUGUUUGACUCCCAGUGGCAUAAGGUUAUGAUUGGUGUGGAAAGGAGCAGUGCCACUCUUUUUGUUGACUGCAAAAGGAUUGAAUCCUUGCCCAUAAAGCCAAGAGGCCAAAUCAAUGUCGAUGGCUUUGCUGUGCUGGGAAAACUUGUAGAUAAUCCUCAAGUUUCUGUGCCGUUUGAACUUCAGUGGAUGCUGAUCCAUUGUGACCCACUUAGACCCAGCAGAGAAACUUGCCACGAGCUGCCAGCCAGGAUAACGCCCAGCCAGGCUCCCGAGCAGAGAGGUCCCCCAGGCGAGCAGGGCCCACCGGGGCCUCCAGGGCCCCCUGGAGUUCCAGGCAUCGAUGGCAUUGACGGUGACCGAGGCCCAAAGGGUCCACCAGGCCCCCCGGGUCCUCCUGGAGAACCUGGGAAACCGGGAGCUUCUGGCAAGCCUGGCACGCCUGGCGCUGACGGAUUAACAGGACCUGAUGGAUCUCCAGGCUCUGGGGGGCAAAGAGGACAAAAAGGAGAACCUGGUGUGCCGGGAUCACGUGGAUUUCCAGGCCGUGGCAUUCCUGGACCCCCUGGUUCUCCUGGGGGAGCAGGUCUCCCUGGAGAGCUUGGCCGUGUGGGACCAAUUGGUGACCCUGGGAAAAGAGGACCACCUGGCCCCCCUGGACCCCCAGGACCCAGUGGAACGAUUGGCUUUCAUGAUGGCGAUCCGCUGUGUCCCAAUGCCUGUCCACCAGGUCGCUCAGGAUAUCCAGGCAUUCCUGGCAUGAGAGGACAUAAAGGGGCUAAAGGAGAAAUUGGUGAACCUGGAAGACAAGGUCAUAAGGGUGAAGAAGGAGACCAAGGAGAACCAGGAGAAGUCGGAGCUCCAGGACCUCCAGGCUCUCAAGGACUGAGAGGCAUCACCGGCAUAGUUGGGGAAAAGGGAGAAAAAGGUGCUCGGGGUUUUGAUGGAGAACCUGGGCCUCGAGGUAUUCCUGGUGCAUUUGGUGAUCAAGGACAGCGAGGACCUCCAGGAGAAGCAGGUCCCAAGGGAGACAGAGGGGCUCCAGGUUCUAGAGGAAUUCCUGGCCUCCCUGGGACCAAAGGAGACACGGGCUUGCCAGGCGUGGACGGCCAUGACGGGAUCCCUGGAAUACCCGGAACAAAGGGUGAACCAGGGAAACCUGGGCCUCCUGGGGAUGCAGGACUGCAGGGGUUACCUGGUGUGCCUGGAAUUCCUGGUGCAAAGGGUACUGCGGGUGAAAAGGGUAACACGGGCGCUCCAGGGAAACCUGGCCAAUUGGGGAAUUCAGGCAAACCGGGCCAACAGGGGCCGCCAGGAGAGGUGGGACCCCGAGGACCCCAGGGGCUUCCAGGCAGCAGAGGAGAAGUUGGACCCAUGGGACCCCCAGGCGUACCAGGUAAACUGGGCUCUCCUGGUAGCCCUGGCCUCCCUGGCUUGCCUGGCCCCCCCGGACUUCCUGGAAUGAAAGGUGACAGGGGUGUAGUCGGUGAACCUGGUCCAAAGGGUGAACAGGGUGCCUCUGGUGAAGAAGGUGAAGCAGGAGAAAGGGGUGAACUUGGAGAUACAGGAUUACCUGGCCCAAAGGGAACUGUGGGUAACCCCGGGGAGCCUGGCUUGCGGGGGCCUGAAGGCGGCCGGGGGCUCCCCGGAGUGGAAGGACCGAAAGGACCGCCGGGACCCCGAGGCGUGCAGGGAGAACAGGGCGCCACCGGCCUGCCUGGCAUCGAGGGCCCUCCCGGGAGAGCGCCCACAGAUCAGCACAUCAAGCAGGUUUGCAUGAGGGUCAUGCAAGAGCAUCUUGCUGAGAUGGCUGCUAGUCUUAAGCGUCCAGACUCGGGAGCUUCUGGCCUUCCCGGGAGGCCUGGACUCCCGGGUCCCCCAGGGCCCCCUGGAGAGAAUGGCUUCCCGGGCCAGAUGGGACUCCGCGGCCUCCCAGGCAUGAAGGGGCCCCCUGGGGCUCUUGGUCUGAGGGGGCCUAAAGGUGAAUUGGGAGAAAAGGGAGAGCGUGGCCCUCCAGGAAGAGGUGCCAAGGGUUUGCCUGGAGCUACAGGUCUACCAGGUGACCCAGGUCCUGCCAGCUUUGGGAGGAAUGGCCGGGAUGGUGAGCGAGGCCCUCAAGGGGUGGCAGGCAUUCCUGGUGUGCCCGGUCCCCCAGGCCCAGCUGGCCCUCCUGGUUUCUGCGAGCCAGCGUCCUGCACCAUGCAGGCUGGCCAGCGAGCCUUCAGCAAAGGGCCAGUCUAG